AUGGAGGAUCGUCCACACAAGGCGCACAGAAAGGCACAGACCGGUCUCAAGGCAGAGAAGAAAUCAGGGAAGAGUAAUCAUGAGAAAGGCUUCAAUGAGAAAGCGUUCGCCCCCAAGUCUGGUCGGAAUGCAGACCGUCAAGGGAGAAGAAAGGUUGAACAAGACCAAACAAGACUACAUGUUCCUCUUGUCAAUCGUACGCCAGACAAGGAGCCCCCGCCGGUGAUUGUUGCUGUUGUUGGACCUCCUGGCGUCGGCAAGUCGACUCUCAUAAAAAGCCUUGUCCGACGGUUCACCAAACACACGCUUACCGACAUUAAGGGCCCCAUCACUGUUGUCAGCGGUAAAUCGCGACGGCUGACCUUCGUCGAGUGCAACAACGACUUGAACUCUAUGAUCGAUGUUGGCAAGAUCGCGGAUCUCGUACUUCUCAUGGUCGAUGGAUCGUUCGGAUUUGAAAUGGAGACGUUUGAGUUCCUGAACGUAUUGCAGUCACAUGGGUUCCCCAAAGUGUUGGGCGUGCUCACCCACCUCGACCUCAUUAAGAAGGCUGCCACGCUCAAAAUAACAAAAAAAAUGCUCAAGAAGCGGUUCUGGGCCGAAAUUUAUCAAGGCGCCAAGUUGUUCUAUCUGUCCGGUAUCCUGAACGGCCGUUAUCCGGAUCAAGAGAUACUUAAUUUGAGCCGCUUUAUCAGCGUUAUGAAGUUUCGCCCUCUCGUUUUCCGUAACUCUCAUCCAUACCUGCUGGCGGACCGCCUAGAAGAUCUCACCCCUCGGGAGAAAAUCCGUCUGGAGCCCAAAUGUGAUCGUACUGUCACGCUUUACGGCUACCUGCGAGGAACGAACAUGAAACAGUCAACAAACGUGCACAUUCCAGGUGCAGGCGAUCUCAAGAUCAGCAGCAUCACACGAUUACAAGACCCUUGCCCACUUCCCACAGCUGAAAGCGAAAAACGUCGCAAGCUGAGCGAAAAACACAAGCUCAUCCAUGCACCAAUGAGCGAUGUUGGCGGAGUGACAUAUGACAAGGAUGCUGUCUGGAUCAACGUAUCAGGAAGCUUCUCGAGACAAAUACCAGGCGAAGAGGGUGAACACGAACCUGAAGGAGAAGGAGAGCGAAUGGUUAUGAACUUGCAAGAUGUCCGCUCCACGAUGACGGAAGGUUUAGCUCGAAGUCAAAUCCGUUUGCUGGGUUCUUCGUCGGCUCCAGUGACCGGUGAUGCAUUUGAUGAUGAAAGCACGAGCGAUGAUGAAUCCGAUGGUGAAGACGAUGUCAGCGAAUUCGAUCAAGGUUCAGAGGAAGAUUCCGAGUUGACGGAGGAUGAUGAUGCCCUCGAUGAGGAUGAUAUAGCACUACGCCAGCUACCAGACUCUGGGCGUCGACGACCCCUGCGUGGCUUUCCUUCCUCCCACCCACAUGACCAUCCCGGCGCGGUCGUAGAAUAUGCGGAGAGUGACUCGGAUCUAGGUGACAGCUACGAGGACGCCGAUUUGGCUGGCCUUGAAGAAGACUCCGACAGUGUAAACAGAGUCUGGAAGCAGCAGGAACUCGGUUUGGAUGGUAUUCCUGCUGGUGAGCGAAAACGCCGAGACUGGAUGAAGCUCAUUUAUCAAUCCAACCUCGGCGCUGAAAACAUCUCUAAUGGCGUGGAUGCGCACGGGUGCACUCACGACUUUGAAGACUAUGAGGAUGAACUCUUUACUCUCAAUAAGACAUCUAUAAAUGGGACGUCGGACUCUACUGAUCAGACCAAAGAGUUUAUAUCAGUGUCUGAUCUACAGUGGGACGAUGAUGAUUGGUUGGACACCUUUCGAGAUCAAUUCAUCACCGCAAAGUCUGUUGACAUGAAUGAUCAAGCGGAAGAUGACAUUGUACACGACGACUCUGACAGGAACCUUGGUGGAUCACACGACGAUGGGAAGUACUUCGGCUCAGUAGAUAAUUCUAUUGCCCAGAAACCUGGAGAUCGGCUCUUAGCCAAGAAAGAAGCGCUCAAGCGACAAUUUGACGCCCAAUAUGACGAUCCAGAUGAAGGCGACAAACUUGAAUUUUACGACGAAAAGAAGGCGGAAAUGGCGGAGCAACACACCCUGAAUCAGCAAGAAUUCGUUGAAGUCGAUGAGGAAACUCGUGUACUCGUAGAAGGGCAUCGGCCAGGGACCUAUGUUCGUUUGGAAAUCACAGACGUGCCUUGCGAACUGAUCGACCACUUCGAUCCUAUCUAUCCGAUCCUUGUUGGCGGUCUGUUGGCCACGGAAGAACAGUUUGGAUUCUCGCAAGUGAGAAUCAAACGUCAUCGAUGGUGCACAAGAACGCUGAAGACCAAUGACCCUCUUAUCUUUUCUCUGGGCUGGCGACGAUUCCAAUCUAUUCCCGUUUACUCUUUGGAUGAUCACAGCAUUCGCAUGCGAAUGUUAAAAUAUACCCCGGAGCAUAUGCAUUGCUUUGCUACAUUCUGGGGACCGAUGUCUCUUCCUAACACUGGCUUUUGUGCUUUCAACUCUUUGGACCCGAAUACAGCUGCUUUCCGUGUUUCGGCUACUGGAGUUGUCUUGGAUCUAGAUCAGAGCUCCAAAAUCGUGAAGAAACUAAAGCUCACCGGAGUACCAUACAAAGUUUUCAAGAACACCGCGUUCGUCAAGGAUAUGUUCAACAGCGCCCUCGAGGUUGCGAAGUUUGAGGGAGCAAACCUCCGUACUGUUUCCGGAAUCCGUGGUCAAAUCAAGAAGGCACUUCCUAAGCCUGACGGCGCCUUUCGUGCGACAUUUGAAGACAAAGUCUUGAUGAGCGAUAUCAUCUUCUUGAGAGCAUGGUAUAGCAUCCAACCGAGAAAAUUCUAUAAUCCGAUCACCUCUUUACUUUUGGCGGACAAAGCCAAAUGGUCCGGAAUGAGGUUGACUGGACAAAUUCGUCGUGAAGAAGGCUUACAAACACCACUUCUUGUGAACUCAACUUACAAGUCCAUCGUUCGACCGUCCAGACGAUUCAAUCCCGUGAGAGUAUCGAAGAAGUUGCAGGCUGCGCUUCCCUAUGCUUCGAAACCUAGGGAAAUGAAGGCGCAGAAUCGACCAACAUAUUUACAAAAGAGAGCCAUUGUUAUGGAGCCUGAAGAGAAGAGGGCUGUCGCUCUCUUGCAACAAAUCCGUGCCCUUCAGAAAGAUCAGACCGCCAGACGAAAGGAAAAGCAAGCAGAACGCCGGGCAGAUCACCGCGCCAAGGUGGAAAAGACGGAGGAGAGAAAGGUCGAAAAGAGGAAAGCUGAGAGGAAGGAGCUGAUGCGAAUCACAGGUAUGAAGGCCAAGCGAGGAGGCACAGAUGAUGGCGAAAACAGUAGUCGGAAAAGACUGCGAACAAGCUAG